UCCUCCCACUUUUUCCUUUCCGUCUUCUCUUCUCUUCUUUCAUAACUCUCUACUCCUAUCCUCUUCUAUACUAGAGAUAGAUAAAGGUGGAACCAAGAAGCCCUAAGGAGAACAUGUCAGGGAUCCAGUGCAAGACCACAGCCAGUACACCCAACCCCCGGCUCAAGCUAUUCGGCUUCCAUGUGUCCGAGGACGAGGAGUCCGUCGACCGCCCGUUGCCGCCGGAGGCCGGCCUUGGGUCCGACUCCUCCUCCUCCACCACCACUACCGCCCCAGCCUCCGGCAGUGGCGACGGCCGGAAGUACGAGUGCCAGUACUGCUGCCGCGAGUUCGCAAACUCCCAGGCCCUGGGCGGUCACCAGAACGCCCACAAGAAGGAGCGGCAGCAGCUCAAGCGCGUCCAGCUGGCUGCCGGGAUCGGGGUCCCGUCACCUCCCGGGGCGCUGCAUCCCCGCGCCAAGCCCAUGGUCUCCGCCUUCGCCCCUGCGCCCCACCUCCUCCCCGACUAUGCCACCCCGCUCGCCGGCGGAGAGGGUCCCACCGGGUGGGUCUAUUUCUCCCACGCCACGCCGUCAUUCCACUUGUCGCACGGCUGCGUCUUCCCCUCCUCAGCCCGGGUGCCGUCCCCGUCGCUCUCCUGCUCCCCCGCCGGCUACGGCGGUGGCGACGGAGGCGACUCCCUUUUCUGCGGCGAAGACCAGAACCGUCAACCCACCGCGGUCGCGAGGUUCACCGUUCCGGCUCCCAAGGCGAUGGCAUCGGACUCGGCCGGCGCGGACGACGCGUUCGGGUUGGACCUCCAGCUCAGCCUGGCCCCUGCCGGGUCGCGACUCGGUUUCUAGACUCGUCCUGACUCGGUUCUCCGUUGGACUUCCAGUUAGACGGUUGAUAUGGAUGAGACAAUCGUUGUAUAUCUUUCGAAUUUAGAAUCUUCAUUUUAACUUUGCCUCCAUGAAAUGAUGGUGUCUAGUUUCAUGGAUUUUCAUACUAAAAUCACUAUGACUUCUAUUGUUGAGUUGUUUUAUUAGUUUUAGAAGCAACUAAGA